UGGCAGCCCGGGGUGUGGAAGUCCUGAGUUGGACAUGGAGCUGCUGGCCACCCGGAUCCUGGGCCAGAAGCUCUCUUUGUGCGACUGUAAGGAAGUGAAAGUGGCCAACGGUGAUUUGCACACCUUGAACCCGGCUGAGUGGUCGGGUUCAGGCUUCGUCAACAGAGACUUUGGGACAAGGCAGGACAAGGAGCCCGGGUGGGGUUAUGGUCAGAGCGACUCCAGUGGACAGUUGGACCUUCAGGAGCAGGAAGCAUCACCUGCUGAUGAGCCUCCUUACUCUCCUCCUUCAGCCAGGACUUCCUGCACCCCAGGAUCAAGUGCCAAACUCCCCCCACCCUGCCAAUCAAGCCUGGUUUCUGAACCCAGCACCCUGGAGGAGGACAAUUUUAGCGAGCUCUAUGUACCCAUCAGGCCUCAGAGUCUCAGGACUAAUCCCAAUAUUUCACUGUCCCUCAGUUGUGAUGCCACCCCCUUGUCCCCAGAUGAAGAUGGGGUUUUUUACUUUGAGCAGGAGAGGUAUGACGAAGACCUGCGCACCGUUUUGGACUCAGGCCGGCGUCAGAGCGCUCCGGACCCCCUGAGUGAACAAACAGACAACCCGGACCAUAAGGUGAUGCCCAAGAGGUUCGGCAUAGCUGAUUUCUUCACCAGGAGCUUGUUUACUAGGAAAGCCAAAGAGUCCAAGUCAACUUCCCAUAAUGCAACAGGAUGGAGACUGUUUGGCAAGACAGCAGCUCCAGAGGAUGAUCAAAUCAAAGAGGUUGCCUCUCUGUCAACUCCUCAGCAGGAGGAGGUGAAGGACUUUGGAGUGUCCUCGUGUUCUCAGCACCCUCCGGCUGCAGGAAGAAGGAAGAACCUGGAUUUUGAGCCUCUGUCCACCACAGCUCUCAUCUUGGAGGAUCGACCAAUAAAUCUGCCUGCCAAGUCUGUGGAGGAAACUCAGAGACACAAAUUGGAGUAUGAAGAGAUGGUGGCAGGAGCUAAGAGGAGAGAGAUCAAAGAAGCUCAGAAGAAGAAGCGUCAGAUGAAGGAGAGACAUCGACAGGAGGACAGCAUCUCCAAUGCCAUGGUCAUCUGGAACAAUGAGAUCCUGCCUAACUGGGACACCAUGAAGGGAACGAGACGAGUCCGAGAACUGUGGUGGCAAGGGCUUCCUCCUGGUGUCAGAGGACGUGUGUGGAGCCUCGCCAUCGGCAACGAGCUCAACAUCACACCAGAACUGUAUGAAAUCUUCUUAUCCAGAGCCAAAGAGAAAUGGAGGAGUUACAGCGAGACGAGCUCCGUGAACGACAAUGAGAGUGAUGGAGGAGCGUCAUUGGCUGACAGAGAGUCUAGUCUGGACCUCAUUAAACUGGACAUUUCUAGAACUUUUCCAUCUCUCUUUAUCUUCCAGAAGGGUGGUCCGUACCAUGACCUGCUCCACAGUGUUUUGGGGGCCUACACCUGUUACAGACCCGACAUUGGCUACGUUCAGGGAAUGUCGUUCAUCGCUGCAGUUCUAAUCUUGAACCUGGAGGAGGCCGAAGCCUUCAUCACCUUCGCCAACUUACUCAAUAAACCGUGUCAGAUGGCCUUUUUCAGAGUUGACCAUGAUCUGAUGUUGAAAUAUUUUGCAGCCUUUGAGAUUUUCUUUGAGGAGAAUCUGCCACGUCUCUUCAGCCACUUCCAAACCAGCAACCUGACCCCUGACCUUUAUCUGAUUGACUGGAUCUUCACUCUGUACAGUAAGUCACUCCCUCUGGAUGUGGCGUGUCGAGUCUGGGACGUCUUCUGCCGAGACGGGGAGGAGAGUUUGUUUCGGACGGGGCUGGGCAUCCUGCGUCUGUACGAGGACGUCCUGAUGCAGAUGGACUUCAUCCACAUUGCUCAGUUCCUCACCCGCCUCCCUGAGGACCUGCAGCCCCAGACACUCUUCAGCUCUAUGGCCAACACUCACAUGAUCAGCAGGAACCGCCGCUGGGCUCAAGUGUUUUCUGCUUUGAUGAAAGAUGGAAACAAUAAAGAAUUGGAGAAAACUGGCAGCCCAGCUUUAAGAAGCUAA